CACGGAUCCGCGCGCACGUCUCUUCCUUAUGCAUAUCUCCACACAUCACUAAAUAUGACCGCAUUCCGUUCUUAUGUGAUAAAAACUGUAGCUUUGAACUAUUUUAAACUAUAACUUUACCGAAAAAAUAUUCAGAAAGUCCUGAUAGAACUUCUGCAGUAAAAGUGGUCGAACUCAUUCAUAGAUCGCGACGAUCUGUGACUCGUCUUUGAUUCGUUAAUAACACUAAAAGUUUCGAUCUCAAAAUGUGGCAAUUCGAGGAUUCUGAGAUUUGUUCUAUCGGUAUGAUACAUCCUUCUCACAGCCGACACUCCGGCCUGUCUCUUUUGUCAGGAAUGUCAACAUUUUCAGGAAUAUCGACACUCUCUGGAUGCGGGUCACCGGAGAAUAUGGAAAGAUUACCAGAACUGCCCGCAUCAGAGGAGAGAAGAUUACGACGUGCGGCGCAUGUUUUACAGCAAAGACUCGUCCUGCGGCAGUGGCUGGCCACUCACAAGCUUCAGCACGCAUAUUCUAAGCUUCUCAGCUUGGAUGUUUCCUCCUUAGAAGAUGUAUACUGGUUGGAAGAUACGACCGCCAGGCACGUGAUCGAUCCGAAGGACUUCAAUGCUUGGUCCGCGGCGAGACAGAGUUUGCCAACUGGCAAGGAGGCGCUGCAGUCGCUUAAGUCGGACUUGUGGAGUGCAGUCGUUAAGAGCAGCAAACAUCAAGAUGCUUGGACAUGGGGAGGCAUGCUAGUAGUCUCUAUCUCAGUAUGUGGGCUGGUCACUUUGGCUGCUAUGACGCAGCCGUCUCUGGCUCCCGAGGCUAAACAUUCUCUCCUGCAAUAUGUCACCGGAAAAUACUUACAUCCACCAAGUUGUAAGGUUGAAUGGGGUUGGGAAGAACCCCAGGCUGUCGGAGACACGAUGUGCUUUACGGUGUUCUGCUUCCAACGUAAUGGUCAGCCUUAUCCCAUAUGCGAUACUGAUGAGCUGGUCGUUAAUAUCUCGCAUGGAACUAGGAAGAUAACAGCGGUGGUGGAGCUGGGCUCGGGGGACCCGGCGAAGGCGAACAUCGCGCGCGUCAAAUUCACCGUCCGCACGGCCGGCGUGUACAUUAUUAAUAUUUUAAUCGGCGGGCAGGUGGGCGCGGGCGGCCCGUUCCGCAAGUGGUUCCUGGCGGGGCGCGUGGAGGCGCGGCGCUCGCGCGUGGGCCGCGCGCACGGCGCGCUCGUGUGCACGGCGCAGCGCGCGCGCUGUCUGCACGUGCACCCGCGCGACCGCUUCGACAACCCCGCCACGCUGGACCGGCCCGCCGACCAGGGCUUCUCCGUGGAGCUGGCCCCGCUGGGCGGCGCGCCCGAGCCGGCGCUGGGCGCGGCGGCCACGUUCGAGUACGACGCCGUCAACCAGCGCGUGAGCCUGGCGCUGUGCUUCCCGCGGCCCGGCGUGUUCCGCGCCGCCGUGUACUACGAGCGCGUGCUGCUGCUCAACGGGGAGUUCGACUGCAUCGUGCUCACGGCGGGCGACACGGCGUCGGUGCAGCGGCAGCUGGGCGCGCGGCGCGGCGCGGCGUUCGAGGCGCGCGUGGUGGGCGCCCGCGCGCGGCGCGUGCUGUGCUGCCUGAGCGCCAAGCAGCUGCUCGUCAAGGACUACAUCCUGCGCUUCAUCCCGAAGCGCAUCACGUCGUUCCGCCUGUGCCCGUCCACGCGCCUGCAGCUGGCGGCGCGCGCGGAGGGCUCGGGGCCGGCCGGCGAGCUGACGCUGGACGACGGCGUGCAGCCCGCGCUGCGCCUGUGGAGCGCCGAGCGCGACCUGCUGGCCGCCGCCUUCACGCAGCUGCUGCUCGCCAACUGCGGCGGGGAGGACGGCUUCAAGAACAAGCAGGACUUCUUCUACAGCGAGGUGCGCAAGGCGCACGCGCGGCACCCGCACGAGAAGCUCGCGCUGCGCGUGAACCGCGCGGAGCUGGUGCGCUCGAGCUUGAAGGCGACGCGGCACUUCACGCUGGCCGACUGGUGCAAGAACUUCGACGUGAGCUUCCAGGGCGAGCAGGGCGUGGACUGGGGCGGCGUGCGGCGCGAGUGGUUCUCCCAGCUGUGCGCGCAGCUGUUCGACGCCAAGUUCGGGCUGUUCGUGUCGUGCCAGGACUCGCCGGCGGGCCUCGUGCACCCCAACCCCGACCGUCCGCCGCAUCUCAAGCUGAAGCACUUCGAGUUCGCGGGCAAGAUCAUGGGCAAGUGCCUGUACGAGAGCGCGCUGGGCGGCGCCUACCGCCAGCUCGUGCGCGCGCGCCUCGCGCGGUCCUUCCUCGCGCAGAUCAUCGGCCUCAGGGUGCACUACAAGUAUUUCGAACAAGACGAUCCAGAGUUGUAUUUAUCCAAAAUUAAGUAUAUUCUCGAAACGGAUCUGGACGCCCCGGAUUCCUUGCCGGAGAUCUACUUCUCGGACGACGUGUACGACUCCUCGGGGAAGUUCAUCGAGACGCGCGACCUCGUGCCCAACGGCGCCACGAUCAGGGUGCGCAACGACAACAAGCUGCAGUACCUGGACGCGCUGGCGCAGUGGCGGCUGGCGGCGCGCUGGCGGCCCGAGACCGACGCCUUCCUGCGCGGCCUCACGCUGCUGGUGCCCGACAACCUGCUGGCCAUCUUCGACGAGAACGAGCUGGAGCUGCUGGCGUGCGGCACGGACGAGGUGUGCGUGUCGGACUGGCGCGCGCACGCGCUGCUGGCGGGCGCGGGGCGCGACUGGCAGCGGCGCCUGGCGUGGCUGUGGGCCGCCGUGGGCAGCUUCAGCGCCGAGGAGCGCGCGCGCCUGCUGCAGUUCACGACGGGCUGCGCGCAGCUGCCGCCCGGCGGCUUCCAGGAGCUCAACCCGCGCUUCCAGAUCACGGCGGCGCCCACGUUCGGCGCGCUGCCCACGGCGCACACGUGCUUCAACCAGCUGUGCCUGCCCGACUACGACUCGUACGAGCAGCUCGUGCGCGCGCUGCUGUGGGCCAUCAACGAGGGCGGCGAGGGCUUCGGCAUGAUCUGAGGCCUUCCUGUGCUGCGAUGCGUCUUGUUUUUCUUUUGUUUAUUUUUUCCAUCCGAUCUGAUGAGGAUGAUAUUAUUGGGGAGCUAUGUAUGGAAAUGUACGCAAUAUAGGUACAGGUCCAGUUAAAAAUAAUGUUUUGAAGUGUCGGUAGCUCAGAUAGUGGUCAACUGCUCUCCGAAAAUGGCAAAAAUUCGCAAAGGUCUAUUAAUUGUAUUAGACAAUAAUAUACAAGCGAUCACAAUGUCUCGUUGUUGUCUAUAAGUCUUUAUAGCAACUUUUAUUUCGGAUAUAAAACAAAAAUAAUAUAUAUUUCUUAAUAAAAUAUUGGUGCCAAUUCUGUUGUACACGAUUCAUUAGCUAUUUUAAAAGGUACUAGAUAUAUGCUCACUCUGUGAUGUCUUUGCAAUAAAAAAAGUCUAAGAGCCGUCAAACUGAGAUUGUGUGCAAUUGAAUCAUGACUAAUAUUGUUAGAUAUUUGAGGGCUAGAGGAUUACCAAAACGACUUAGAAUUUAUAUUUAAUGUAAAUAAGAGUUGAAAUACAAUUUGAUCUCGACUAAAUAUAAAACAUGUUUCUUACAAUAGAGAUGCAAAAUUAAUGGAUAAUCCAUAUCGAUAUAAUAUCGAAAGCUAUAUACUAGCAGUACUAUGUUGUGAUCUGGUUGUGUAGCAGAAAUUUUAACACAUCAGUUACUCAAGUACUAUAUUAUUUUCAAAUCGAAUAAUUAGUUGUUAAUGAAAGGUUUUUCAAACUAUUAUUUUUUAAUCUGUUAAAUAUUUAUACAUUUUAAUUUAUUAAUAUAAAUUAUUUAUAGAGUUUAAUACCAUCGAUAUGAUCUCC